AUGGCCGACGAGGUCCCUUUGGCUCAGGCUAAGGUUUUCAGUGAUACCAUGCCUCAAUUGGAUCUCAUGGCCAGAAGCCUGUUCAACGGCGGUGCGUCGUAUACCAUCACUCUUCUCAACAAGACAGGCGCGAGCCAAAGCUACGCUCUUUUCAGCCAGCCCCCAUCGGUGAAGCCGACGGUGGAAAGGCUCACUUCCCACGCCAUCUUGGUCGCCCGAGACGUUGCCGCCCGAACAGGAAACGCUUUCUUUACCUUUCCCCGCGACAAGUACCAUGCCAUCUGUGGGGUCAACCAGCAAGAUGACUCUGUUCACCUGCGUGUUUUGGAUCGAUGUGCCGUGACGCUCGGCAGUGGCCGGACCUCCAACUUUCACCGGGGGACGACCUGUGCCAUGGAUGCCUCCUCAGCUACGCCUUUCUUUGCCUCCUGGGCUGGACCUGCCGACGAUCAGGGGGAGAUCGGUGCCUUUUGCCUGCGAACACCUGGCGGGUUUACCUUUGAAAAGGCCAAAAACAAUCAUUGGAUUGCCGGCCUCGGUCUGUCCACUUCGGGAAAUGCGCUCGUAGGCAUCUACGCCUCAUUUACCCCGGGCCCUCGAACGGAUUAUCAAAUUGGGCCGAGUCAAGUCUUCUACAUUGUGCCAAGGGCGCUGGAUGCGAAUGACCCCACCCCCGAUGAUUUGGACUUUUCGCAAGAAUGCAAACUCGACUUUGCGUCGCUUUCUUCCAGCGUGGAGCUGGUUCAUGAUGAUGAUAACGUGAUUCGGAUCUUUAACCCAUGA